AUGGCAGUCCAGAUGAAUGAACAAGAUCUCCCAGAGCAUAAAGCAAUGUCAGAGGAAGAGUUUGAUUCUUCCUCUAUAGUUCGCCUGAACAUUGGAGGACAACAAUUCUGCACGACUGAGGGAGCCAACUUGAGGCAUGCAACCUUGAACAAUGCUGAUCUUAAAAAUGCCAAUUUGGAGGGAGCCAACUUGAGUUAUGCAACCUUAAACAAUGUUGAUCUUACAAACGCCAAUAUGAAGAGAGCAAGCUUGUUUCAAGCUAAGUUGAAAGGUGUCAAGUUGAGCAAGACUAAUUUGAAGUAUGCAGAUCUUCGAGGUGCUUAUCGCUGCUUAUCAGAAGCCGAUCUUGAAGAAGCUUACUUGGAGGGUGCAAAGCUUACCAGCUGUUUCCCAUUUCUGUGGUAA